AUGGACGUCGACCAGGUGUCACUGUCACCGUCCUCCAGACUUUCGGUGGUUUGUUCGGCUUCUGCCGAGUUCUCUUCGAGCUCGUCAGAUUCGUCGAACUUUUCAGAAGGAUCUCCUCCCGAAUCAAGAAGAAAUUCCGUAAAUGAAAGUGUAAUAAAAGAUGAACAUUAUUGGGAGAGGCGGCGGAGGAACAAUGAUGCAUCCAGACGGAGUCGAGAAAAACGUCGGCUGAAUGAUCAAGCGAUGGAAGAAAAGAUAAUGCAACUAUCCGCUGAAAAUGAGAGAUUAAAGUCACAACUGGAAAAUCGACCUGCAGUUGCUCCGGCUCCUCCCCCACAACCUGCUCCUGUAGUUGAACCUCCAACUGCUCUCAUUAUUCCAAGUGUUGCGAAAAAUCUGUUUCCAUCGGGACCAGUCGCCUCUCUGCAAGCCAGUUCAAUGCUCUCUGUGCCACUUCUUCAAACCGCACCUCAUUUCCCAUCGAUGCUCCAAUUGUGUCAAUUGCAACCAACAACGAUCCAAUCAUCAGUCUACACGAGCACUCAGCCAGCGACCUCAGCAUCUUCAUUAUUCUCAUCUUCAUCGUCAUCUGCAUUUCAUCCGUUUCGUCCGUCUGAAGCAAUUCAACAGAGCUUUCCAACCAGUAGUGUUAUUAUGAAAGUUGAGAGAAGGAGUCCGGAUUCAUCGACUGAUUUGAAAUUACCUCAACCACAACUUCAGCCGGGAAGCAAUGUUAUUCAGCAAAUUGGCCAACCAGCCUCCUCAACUGCUCCAGCUCAACCAGUGGUCCAACAAGCACCACAACAAGGACCAUCUCUUCUUUCGGCACUUCUGUCUCAAAGAAGAACUUCUCCAUCAGUACCUCAAAGCCGUACCGAGCACAUCUCUGGUCUUAAUUCACCACCAAGACAUACUGGAAACAAAUCCGACUGCGAAAGUGUAUCGUCGUCAGCGUCUUUCUCUCCUUCGCAUUCAUCUGAGGAUCAUUCAAAUUACUCUAAUAAAUCUCCUCAAUAUGUGGAUAGACGUCGACGAAACAACGAAGCGGCGAAGAGAUGCCGAGCAAACCGAAGAGCAGUUUUUGAAUACAGAUCGAGACGUGUUCAGCUACUAGAAGGGGAAAACGAGGAACUUCGGUCACAAAUCGAAUCGUUGAAAGCAGAAAUCGCCCAUUUUAAAUCAGUUCUGGCUCAAAGAGCAUCUGUUGUGACUGCACUGCGUCAGUGA